UACAUUCUCCGUUAGCGAUACCCCCCAUCCAAUAGUAUCGAUACCUUACAAUGCACAUUAGUGGCAACGCUAGCAAAACGCAAAAAAUAAGACAAGAAAACAAAUACUCAAAAACUGCGAAAAGAAAUACAACAUUUGUAGAAUUUAGAGCAAGGCGUGGAUUGACAUAAAAUGCAGUCUUACGGUGGUCCCGACCAGAACCAUUUGCACAAAUCGGAGCAGCGGGCGGUAUUUGCGCAUCCAGCUACUCAUCCUUGGCUGCUGGAUGGGAUGCCCUGGAUGCUAGCCACAACAAACGCACCACAGCCGGGCGGCGUUAUGCAAUUCGGCUCGAAUGCUAACUAUAAUAUUGAGACUGACACACAAUGCGGCAAGUGGCAGCAGAAGCGCAAAUCUCUGGAGCAACUGGCGUCCGGGCUCCCGCCCAAACAAUUGAUCACCGAGGAGCGAAUUACGGCGCAUUUCAGUGGCCUACAAAUCUCUGGAGACGCAAACGGCGUUGGAUCCGUUCGCAGUGCCGGCAACAAUAACAGUGUGCCAAAUGUGAACGGCGGCUUGGCUACCGAUGAUAUACCCUCAACUAGUACGGGUAAAACACAUCACCCGAAUCCGGCCUAUCAAAUGGCAGCCAUGGAAUUGGAACAGAAACUGCGCAACGCCAAUCGGAUUGUCAUCUGUGAUGAGCUCAAGCAGGGCGUUAGUCCGAUCUCAGCUACGGGUGUCAUACCACCGGAAUGGCUGCUCAAAACAAUUCCAAGGCCGUGUACCGCUCUAGUGCCCUGGCAACCGUCGCCCCUGCAGCUAUCGCAGCCCAAGGGGCAGACGAGGAUUCCAGCGCAGCGUACAGCCGCAGAGGAAGCAGCGGCUGGAGUGGUGCACCUCGAUGAUUAUGAUGAUGAGCUGGAGUUCUUUGAGAAUAACAAUACAUGUAAUGUGAAUUUAAAUAAGUCUGACGAGCAAAUGGAUGAAGAUCUGUAGCUGUAAGUGAAGGGUUGAUGUGUUUAUAGUGUCCAUAAGCAAAAAGUAGAGUUAGCAGCAUGUCUGUUUAUAAUUUGAUUAAUUUUACAAAAAUAAUCAUAUGUAUUCAUACUUAAGUGUUUUCCUUUCAUUUAAAUAACAUUAA